GGCGACUUUCCCUUUCCGGCUACGGGUCCCGGAGCGGAGCGGGAGGCCGGACCGGGGAAGCGGAGCGACGGCGGCGGCGGUGGGGUUGGCCAUGGCGGAGCUGGUGCAGGGGCAGAGCGCUCCGGUGGGCAUGAAGGCUGAGGGCUUCGUGGAUGCCCUGCACCGGGUCCGGCAGAUUGCUGCUAAAAUUGAUUCAAUUCCUCACUUGAAUAAUUCCACACCCCUGGUGGACCCCUCAGUGUACGGAUAUGGAGUACAGAAGCGGCCCCUGGAUGAUGGAGUAGGUAACCAGUUAGGGGCCUUGGUACAUCAAAGGACAGUAAUAACAGAAGAAUUCAAAGUACCCGAUAAAAUGGUUGGAUUUAUUAUUGGCAGGGGAGGUGAGCAGAUUUCACGAAUUCAAGCAGAAUCUGGUUGCAAAAUUCAGAUUGCCUCAGAGAGUUCUGGGAUUCCAGAGAGGCCCUGUGUACUUACCGGAACCCCAGAAAGUAUUGAACAAGCCAAACGGCUCCUGGGGCAGAUUGUGGACCGCUGUCGGAAUGGACCCGGCUUUCACAAUGACAUAGAUGGCAACAGCACAAUCCAAGAGCUUCUCAUCCCUGCAUCUAAAGUGGGUCUGGUCAUCGGCAAAGGAGGAGAAACUAUCAAGCAAUUGCAGGAGCGGACAGGUGUGAAAAUGGUCAUGAUCCAGGAUGGCCCACUGCCCACAGGGGCAGACAAGCCUCUCCGCAUCACUGGAGAUCCAUUUAAAGUUCAGCAAGCAAGAGAAAUGGUCCUAGAGAUCAUCCGAGAGAAGGACCAGGCUGACUUCCGGGGUGUGCGUGGCGAUUUCACCUCCCGAGCAGGAGGAGGUAGUAUAGAGGUGUCUGUGCCUAGGUUUGCUGUUGGGAUUGUCAUAGGAAGAAAUGGAGAAAUGAUCAAAAAGAUCCAGAAUGAUGCUGGCGUGAGGAUCCAGUUCAAACCAGACGACGGGAUUAGUCCAGAAAGAGCAGCACAGGUCAUGGGCCCUCCAGACCGGUGUCAGCACGCCGCGCACAUCAUCAGUGAGCUCAUCCUAACAGCGCAGGAAAGAGAUGGCCUUGGAGGCCUGGCAGUAGCUAGAGGAAGAGGUCGUGGCCGUGGGGACUGGAGUGUGGGCACUCCUGGCAGUGUCCAGGAAAUUACAUACACAGUGCCAGCUGAUAAGUGUGGCCUUGUAAUAGGCAAAGGGGGCGAGAACAUCAAAAGCAUCAACCAGCAGUCAGGUGCGCACGUGGAGCUUCAGCGGAACCCCCCUCCUAACACCGACCCCAACCUGCGGAUAUUUACCAUCAGGGGUGCUCCUCAACAGAUCGAGGUGGCCAGGCAUCUCAUAGAUGAGAAAGUUGGCGGUGCCGGCCUCGGAGCCCCUGCAGCCUUUGGACAGAGCCCCUUCAGCCAGCCACCAGCUGCGCCACAUCAAAACGCCUUUCCUCCCAGGGGCUUCCCCAACAUGGCAGCCAAAGUUAACGGGAACCCCCACAGCACCCCUGUGAGUGGCCCUCCAGCUUUUCUGACCCAGGGCUGGGGCAGCACUUACCAGGCUUGGCAGCAGCCCACACAAGUCCCAAGCCAGCAGAGCCAGCCCCAGAGCAGCCAGCCCGACUACAGCAAGGCCUGGGAGGACUAUUACAAAAAGAGUCAUACCACCAGUGCUGCCCCUCAGGCCAGCUCCCCACCAGACUACACGAUGGCCUGGGCGGAGUACUACAGGCAGCAGGCCGCCUUCUACGGACAGACUUUAGGGCAGGCUCAGGCCCACAGCCAGGUCUGUAGCCAGUCCCCAGCACCAUGAUGCCACCCAGCCUUUGUGCUUGCCUAGUCCUAGGGUGAGCACACAGGCCUGUGGGGAUCUCCUCUGUCUCCCUUUGUCCCAGCCUUGAGCUUGCUCAAGUGCUGCCCCUUCUCUAGCCCAACUAAACAAGUGCCAGACUUUCCCUGGGUCUGCAGUGAACUCCAGGGCCUCUGUUUGCACAGCAGUGGUAAUAGGUCCACCCCCCCUUCCAGGGGGCCAAGUGGGUAUAGGACCAACUUGAUUUUUUCAUGUGCACAAGCUUGGAGGACUCUCCAGUCCUCCGCCACCUAGUGCUCCCUCAAGGCUCCUUUCUGGGGACCUGUGCCAGUCAGACCUUGUAGGAAGUUGGUGAUGGGGCUGGUAACUCAGAAGAAGCCCUCCCCAAUGUCCUGAUUCUAGACCCUGGGGUGCUCAGACUCCAGCAUUAGGUGGCUGGGUGCUGGGCGUGGGGCUGACCCUCUCCCUCCCCCCACAGGAGCAGUAGAUGGGCGUCUGCAGCGGCUCUUCCCUGAAAUCAGUGUGAGAGAAACCUGUUUGUUACAGAGAUUUUUAGAUUUGCAGACCUUUCAAUGAAGAACCUUUGUUUGUUCUGUGAAACACUAUAUUUAGAUUAACAGAGAUUUUCUAAAAAUCGGGAAAAUUAGUUACUAAACAUUGCUGGUAAUUUCUGUGUCAUGAUUUCUUUGUUACUCCAAUGUGUGAGCUCUGGGGUUCUGGAGCAAAACCUGCAAGCUCAGGUGCCCGGAUCUCCUGAGUCCUGACGUUUCAUCAGAUAAUGGGUUUGUUUUGUUGUUGUGUCUUUUUAUUUACAGGUUUUUUUGUUUGUUUGUUUCUGUUUUCUGUUGCAACAGAAAAAUGGCUUGGAAGUCUUAGGUGGUAAUGUAACAAAUUCUUUAAAAAAAUCUUAAGCAGUAUUUAAAUAUUCGUAAAUGUAAAUUCAUUAAGUGUUUCACCUCCAAUUUCUUGUAUCUUGGCUGUCCAGUUUUAUUGCGUUUUUUUUAAACUGAACUAUUAUGUAUUGUAAUUAAUGAUGUGAAUUCUGAACUGAGACGGGUCCUUGUUGCGGGAGGAGCGUAUGUGGAUUGUGUCAUUUCUAGCGUUCUGAGGAUAAUGCAAAGACACAGUCCAGCUUCGUGUAAGCUGCCCAUCUCUAUUACCCGGUGCAGUUGUGUGUCUAAGACCUCCAAGCUGGUUUUAAAAACAAAAAGCCUUUCUCUAUUCUCAGAAAUAUAAAUACUGUUAUUUUUAAUAUUAAAAAGAAAUUCAAUAUAACUUUUAACAAACACUGUGGACAUUAAACCAUAUAAAAAUGUAGUAACUAUUUUUUAAUUCCAAGGUGUUUUUUGCUUUUUUCUUUUAAAUAUUUUCUUAAUAUUUGUCAAAUUAACUAGAUAAAUAAAUAAAUCUAGUAUUAACCACAGUAUGAGUUAAAUAAUUUUGAUUUAAUAAAAGGGAUAAUAUGAUUUCCAAUGUUUACUGUAGUGUAUCUUGUACAGAUAACAUGUAUUUUUAAAGAAAAAAAACUGAAUUGAAGCUAUUUUUUUCUUGCAUUUUGAAUUGACCCCGAGGAACAUUCCGUUUGCAAUGUGCUCAAGUUACAGUUUCCGGUUCUCUCGUUUUCCUUACAAUGCUUGAAAUGUCUAACUAUUAAAAAAAGGCAGUUGGAAAUAUUAUGCAUGUUUAUUUUUUAAGAUGUUCAUUUUAUUUGACUGACAAUUCAUUUUACACUCUAUAUAAUAAAAUUUCCACAAGAUAUCUUGUGGGCAAAGUG